AUGCCGACUGCGGAGGCAGACGACGGCCUGCGCGCCGAUGCCGAGGCCGAGCGCUGCAUCAGCACUGAGAGAACGCCGCUGCUGCUGUCGUCACACCAAUCCGAGAACCGAGGCGCCGCCGACGACAACCCGCCAAAAUGGGAGGAGACAACCGUCAUCGUCGAGGACAUGUCCUUUGCCCGGCUGGCGCUCAUCAUGAGCGCGGCCUGGGUGGGCGUCUUCCUCAGCGCCCUCGACUCAACCAUCAUUGCCACCCUCUCGGCGCCCAUCUCGAGCGAGUUCCACUCGCUAAGCCUGCUUUCGUGGCUGGCCACCGCCUAUCUCAUGUCCACUGCCGCUUCCCAGCCGAUAUCGGGCCGUCUGACCGACAUCUUCGGCCGCGGACCGGGCUUGGUCUUUAGCAAUCUCUUCUUCGCCGUCGGUAACCUCAUCUGCGGUCUGUCCACGAGCCGGUAUACCAUCAUCCUCGGCCGAGUCGUCGCAGGCAUCGGCGGCGGCGGCUUAAUGAGCAUCCCGACCUUUCUCGGGUCCGACCUAGUCCCGCUGCGCAACCGAGGGCUCGUCAGCGGCAUUUCAAACCUGUGGUAUAGCCUUGGCGCCAUGACGGGGACCCUUCUCGGCGGCUUUCUCAACGACUAUACCGGCCUGGGCUGGCGACUGGCCUUCUUCAUCCAGGCGCCGCCUGCUCUCCUCUCUGCCCUCGUCGUUCUCCUCAUGGUCAAAGUACCCCCGAAGCAAUCGCAAAAGUCGUACCUCGCGCGUGUCGACUUCCUUGGCGUCUUCUUGAUCCUCUCGUUCCUCGUGCUCCUAGUUCUGGGGCUCAACUCGGGCAGCGUCCGGGUCCCUUGGAUACGCCCGUUGCCGUGCGUCUCGCUUUCGGCCGCCAUGUUUAUCGCCUUCAUUUUUUGGGAAAAUAAAGCAAGCCAGCCCAUCAUCCCCGUCAAGUUGCUGCUCGAUCGGACCGUGCUGGCGGCGUGCCUGACCAGCCUCUUAUCCUCCAUGCUCGCCAUGACCUCCAUAUUUUACGUUCCACUCUAUCUGCAGGUGCUUGGGAAUACGCCUUCCAAAGCCGGUCUCAAGAUUUUCCCCUCGUCUGUUGGCAUCUCGAUUGGGGCUCUCGGGGCAGGUUUUAUCAUGAGGAGGACUGGCCGCUACACCAACCUGGGCGUCAUGAGCGUACUGGUUCUGAUCGCCGGUAUCGUCUUGUACACCUUGCAGAAGGAGAGCAGUCCGUUUUGGUUGACGAGCGUGGCCGUCUUUAUCUUCGGAGUCGGGUACAAUUCCGCUUGUACAGUGGUUCAAGUGGCUUGCGUCGCGGCAGCGGAUCAGUCGGAGCAAGCCGUCAUCACGUCCACCAUGUACCUCGCUCGGAGUUUAGGCGGCACCUCUGGCAUUACUCUGGCGUCGGCCGUCUUUCAGGGCAAUCUCCGCUCGGGCCUACAGAGGCGGUUUGGCUCAGAACCAAGAGCCCCCGAAAUCAUAGGCCGCAUCCUCGACAACCUUAGCGAGAUGCGACAUCUGCCCGCGGGGUGGUAUGAGGGGGUAAUGGAGGCGUAUAUGGCGGCGUUUCGGGGCGUUUGGCUGACCAUGCUUGGCUGGGCGGCGCUGGCGUUGAUGUGUAUUUCCCUCAUCAAGCAGCACAAGUUGCACUCGUCGCUAGAUCGGCGGUAG